AUGGCGCAUACACUCCAGCUCAAUCCCUCGCAUCGUGCGUGCGUGCUGAAGUGUGCGCCCCAAACCCCCCAGCCUGCGACAGGAUCUGCAGGCCAGGAACCAUGCAACCCCACAGCCGCCCUCCCCAGGCACCUGCAGCCUGUCUGCGGCGGCAACGAUGCGUGGGGCCAGGGUCUGGACAAAGGCCAGAUCCUGCCCCUUCUUGACCUGGUACUGCAGACGGGCCACCUCUGCCGUUACCCGGUUCAGCACGUGGCACUGCCCCUCCACCGCCUCGGGGCUGCUAUGCUUGCCGAGGAAGGCGUCGCCCGGGGGUGGGAGCUCCGCCAGCAGCUUGUCGACCUUCGACAGCACAUGGGUCAGGUCCUGCAUCAGCUCCAGCAGGCCUCUGCUGGCGGCCGCGUCGGCGCGGGCGGCCAGGCCCCGAGUGAGGGCGUGGGACUCUGCCAGCAGUGCAUCGCGGGUGGCGCUGGCGCGCGCCUGGGAUGUGGAGUGGGGAGGGAACCGGACGUAAAGUUCCGGUGUUGCAUGUCUUGGAGGGAGGGAAAACUAGAAGGAAAGCGCGGCGUUGGGCAACCUUCCUUUCCAGGAGGCUCCAAGGGCAGCAAUAGUGGAGCCUACCAUGGCGCCCUGCCCGGUAUCCCUGCGCCCACUGCGAUGACCCUUUUCCCCCUGACAGCUCAUGGCUCAUGA